AUGGCCAUAAAGGCGGUCAAAGAUGGUAUUGUGGAGGUCUUGGAGCUUGUUCAGACAUCUAAGAUGCCAAGGCCAUGCAUCCUGAGCCAUCAUCAGGAACAGAACCCCCUUGACCCCAAGAUCUUCAGUGUUGCUGACCCCAGCUCAGAACCAGGUAAUCUGCCCAACCCUUAUAGCAUCCAGGUGCUAGAACCUAAGGCCCCAGCACACAAAGCCCCAGCAGAAGAAGUGUGGAUUCUUUUUUACCCCAAACCAUUCCUGAAUGGACUGACAGGGAAGCCGGUGAUGGUGAAGCUUAAGUGGGGAAUGGAGUACAAAGGUUACCUGGUCUCGGAUGGCUACAUGAACAUGCAACUUGCAAAUACAGAAGAAUACAUAGAUGGGGCAUUGUCUGGACACCUUGGUGAAGUUUUAAUAAGGUGCAAUAAUGUCCUUUACAUCCGAGGUGUCGAAGAAGAGGAAGAAGAUGGGGAAAUGAGAGAAUAA